AUGGAGAGUUGGUUCUCAUCUUCAACCUCACCGAGUGACGAUCAGCAGAAACCAGCUUCUUCUUCUUCAUCUUCUUUGCUUGCUGAUUGGAACUCAUACGCUACAUCUCAACAGGAGCAAGACUCUUCCAAUUCCGCCAUCAGCUUCGAUCUUGAAUCCGCUGUUAGAUCUGCUAACAACACUGUCACUGGCACUUUCAGCGUGGUUUCUAAAAGUGUGAGAGAUAUACCUGGAAACUUCUCAUCUGCGACUAGCAAUGUUCCUUCUGGAAAAGCUCUCCUGUAUUUUGGGUGUGGGUUUAUUAUUGGAUCGUUCUUUGCACUAAAAGGGCCAAAGAAUCAGCUUUCUCACAUGAUGUCGAAGGAGAGGCUCCCAUUCACACUGGGGUUUUUAUGCAGUAUGGUUGGCACCAUUUAUGUAUCUAUGGUGUUACAUAGCUACAUUCUCUCUGUUGUAUUCUCUGUUGUACAGGUUCUUUCACUUGGAUAUUAUGCUAUAUCAUAUUUUCCUGGUGGAUCUGCUGGAAUGAGAUUUCUGACUUCUGCUUUAACAUCCAGAAUAAUGACUUGUUUUGGGAGGUGA